GGCAGGGAAACCCCGCGGCUUUAGUUGUUUCUACUCUCCGGAGUGUCAGCUAGUUAUUUGUGGGGAGGCGCUGUAGCCAUUUCGCCACAUGAAAGCCCGAUGAGCUGAACGACCAACAUCCGAGUUUGUCGGUGGAGAAGAGAAUUCAGCUUUGAGGAGCCCUGCGCGCGCGCACGCACGCGAACGAACACCAACUCGCGCGCGACUACGCACAGCUCGCGGACACGCACAUUUCCUUCUCGACCUCCGUGGAGAAAAGAGGGAGAGAGGAGCAGAGAGAGGACACACGAACUUCCAACUCUCCCAUGUGGAAAGCUGAGACUCUUGCUGGGAGAGAAGAGAAGUUUGGUUGUUUGCCCGGUCGGCUGAGGAGGAGAAAAGUCUGGUUAAAAGUGGGGGAAGAUGCUCGGAUUUACACCAACCACUGGGCAGUCAGGAUAGCCGGAGGACCCGAGGUGGCCGACCGGAUAGCGGAAAAAUAUGGCUAUAGGAACAUGGGACAGAUUGGGGAUCUCAAAGAUCACUACCACUUCUUCCAUAGUCGGACUAUCAAGAGAUCAACAUUGUCCAGCCAUGGUCGCCAUAGUUUCAUCUCCAUGGAGCCCAAGGUGGAGUGGAUACAACAGCAGGUGGUGAAGAGGAGGAUCAAGAGGGAUUACAAACCCGCACCACCUCUUUCCCAGACAAGCCCAACCCACAGCCAAAACAGCAUAUUCUAUAAUGAUGCCAAGUGGAGCAGUAUGUGGUACAUUCACUGCAACGACGAUGUCCACAACUGCCAGUCGGACAUGAACAUCAUGGGGGCGUGGAAGAGGGGCUACACGGGGAAAGACGUGGUGGUGACCAUACUAGAUGACGGCAUCGAGAGGAACCACCCAGACCUUUUUCAGAACUACGACCCUCAAGCCAGCUAUGAUGUCAACAGCAAUGACCCGGAUCCCAUGCCUCGAUAUGACUCGACCAAUGAAAACAAACACGGUACACGAUGUGCGGGUGAAGUCGCUGCAGCUGCAAACAACUCUCACUGCAUUGUGGGAAUUGCCUAUAACGCCAGAAUAGGGGGUGUGCGGAUGCUGGAUGGAGACGUAACGGACAUGGUGGAGGCCAGGUCGCUGAGUCUUCACCCGCAGCACAUUGACAUCUACAGUGCCAGCUGGGGACCUGAUGACGACGGCAAGACUGUUGACGGACCAGCAUCUCUGGCCAGGCAGGCCUUUGAAAACGGCAUCCGCACGGGGAGAAAGGGCCGUGGCUCUAUCUUUGUUUGGGCUUCAGGCAACGGCGGGCGCAGCAGAGAUCACUGCUCCUGUGAUGGCUACACCAAUUCCAUCUACACCAUCUCCAUCUCCAGCACAGCUGAGAGUGGACGCAAGCCCUGGUACCUGGAGGAAUGCUCGUCCACUCUGACCACCACGUACAGCAGCGGGGAGAACUACGACCGAAAAAUUAUAACCACAGAUCUCAGACACCGGUGUACAGACAGUCACACGGGGACAUCGGCCUCGGCUCCCAUGGCCGCUGCCAUCAUUGCUCUGGCCUUGGAGGCAAAUGCUCUUCUAACUUGGAGAGAUGUCCAACACAUCAUUGUAAAGACCUCCAGAGCUGGACAUCUUAGUGCUCCUGAUUGGAAGACCAAUGCUGCUGGUUACAACGUCAGCCACCUGUACGGCUUUGGGCUGAUGGACGCUGAGGCGAUGGUGAAAGAGGCCGAGGGAUGGAAGCAAGUCCCAGCUCAGCACAUCUGUGUGGAGAGUGCUGACCGGCAAAUCAGAACCAUCCGUCCGGAGCACGUUGUGCGUUCUGUGUACAAGGCAACAGGAUGCACCGACAACUCAAACAACCACGUCAUCUAUCUGGAGCAUGUGGUUGUACGCAUCACAAUUACACACCCCCGGCGUGGAGACCUGUCAAUCAACCUGACUUCACCCUCAGGGACCAAGUCUCAGCUGCUUGCCAACAGGUUGUUUGAUCACUCCAUGGAGGGUUUCAAGAACUGGGAGUUCAUGACCACCCACUGCUGGGGAGAGAAGGCAGCAGGCGACUGGGUCUUAGAGAUCUAUGACUCACCUUCUCAACUUCGCAGCCAAAAAGUGCCGGGCAAGCUGAAGGAGUGGUCCUUGGUCCUGUACGGCACCUCUGUCCACCCAUACUCGUCUCAGCACAUCGAUAAGGCCCGCUUUGCAGAGCCGCCCAUUGACGAAGAGUUCACCGAGGAGUACAACGGCCCCUGUGACUCAGAAUGCAGUGACAACGAGUGCGAGGGUCCCGGGCCCCACCAUUGCAUUAACUGCCUCCACUACUUCCUCAAGUUUAAAAACAACACAAGGAUGUGCGUCUCCGAGUGCCCGAGCGGUUUUUUCCGGGAUGACAGGAAACGCUGCAAGAAGUGCUCCUCGUUGUGCGAGACCUGCGUGGGUAGUCGUAGCGACCAAUGCACCGCAUGCAGGACUGGUUUCCACCUGAACGAGGGCUCCAACACAUGUGUUGCCAACUGUGCAGAUGGCUUCUACCUCGAUAACAAUUCCAACAUUUGCAGGAGAUGUCUAGAGAACUGUAAGAAGUGUACAACCUCUACCAUCUGCACAGAAUGUAAACCUGGGAUGAGUCUCCAAGGGAACAAGUGUCAAAUGACCUGUGACCCUGGAACUUAUUACAAUGGACACAGAAGGACUUGUGAGAUUUGUCAUCGGGCCUGUGCCACCUGCGCAGGCACAGGCAUUGAGGCAUGCACCAAGUGUGCAGACGGCUACUUUCUGGAGGACUGGCGAUGUGUGUUAACUUGCAGCACUGGCUACUACUUUUCAGAGCAGACCUCAGACAACGGGCAGGUCCAGAGGUCCUGCAAGAAGUGUGAUGUGAGCUGCUCUGAGUGCUUGGGGCCCGGAGAAAGAAACUGCAGCAACUGUGUCAGUGGCUACAAUCUGGAGUCCGGAGUCUGCGUGGUGAGCACCAUCUGCAAAGAUGGAGAGUACAUGAGUCCACACGGGAAGUGCCACCUGUGUGAUGCGACCUGUCAGCAGUGCACAGGUCCAGAGAGUGAGGACUGCACCAGCUGCCCUGCACCAAGGUUGUUUGAUGAAGGACGCUGUGUUAUCCGUUGCCAAGCUGGCCAUUAUCCAAUGGGAGGACGAUGCAACCUCUGUCAUCACACCUGCCAGGAGUGUACUGAUGAGGGGCCGGACAAAUGCACCAGCUGUGACACAGAUACAUUUGGUGUGGCCCGAUACCUUUUUCAGAGUCAAUGUCGGGAAACCUGUCCGGAGAAGUUCUUCCACUCUGGGAGGAUGCGGUGUGAAGCCUGUCCGGAAGACUGCAUCAUCUGUGCUGCAGCCAAUCACUGCCUCCGCUGCAGCCCCGGACACAAGCUGAAAGAAGGCCACUGCGUGCCACUGGAGUGUGACAAAGAUGAGGUUUCAGACGCAGAAAAUGAAGGCUGCCUCCACUGUGAUGAAGGAUGUGAGAAAUGUAAACGCAAGGAUUCACAAGAUCAGGAGCAGAAAACCGUUUGCCUUAAAUGUGAAGAUGGUUAUUAUCAGUUAGACACUGACUGUCAUAAGUCCUGUCCAGAUAGGACCUACAGUGUGACCAGCACAAUGCUUUGUGCACCAUGUGAAGAUAAAAAUUGUGCAAUCUGUGACCAGUCCCAGUGCCACUGGUGUAUCGAAGGAUUCUCCGUCUUUGAGGGACAAUGUGUGGAUCAUUGUGAGGAAGGUUUCUUUAUGGAUGAAGACAGCGGUGAGUGUGAGUCUUGCCACCACAGCUGUCGCAGCUGUGGAGGACCACGAAAUGAAGACUGUGACUCCUGCGAGGACGGGCUCUCUCUGAUCAACGGGGAGUGCUUAGAGGGCACACAACUCGCUGCUUGUCCCGAGAACCAAUACCGUAACAGUAAGAAGGAAUGUGAGCAGUGCCACUCUUCCUGUAAGACCUGCUUUGCAGCAGAGAAAGAUGCCUGCAGCAGCUGCCACACAGAUCGAUUUUUGACUGCUAAACAGACUUGUCUGUCUCACUGUCCAUCUGGUACAUUUGGCAACAAGACGUCUGGCAAGUGUGAGGACUGCUUGAAGGGGUGUGUCAUAUGCCAGGAUGCCAAAGUGUGUCAACAGUGUGGACAUGGACUUUAUCUGCAAGAGGGAGUGUGUGUAGUUGAAUGUCAAAGAGCGUUUCCAAAAGAUGGUGUGUGCCAACCAUGUGCCCCAGAGUGUGAAUCCUGCAUGGAAAGUCCCUCUCACUGCCUGAGCUGUGAGAAACCAUUGCUCCUGUGGGACCACUCCUGCAAAUCUAAAUGUCCAAAAGGCUAUUAUGGAAACAACACAGAAUGCCAUCAAUGCUCAGAGCACUGUAGCAAGUGCAAUAAGGACGGCUUGUGUCAGAUGUGUUCAGAAUACUACUUCCUCCAUGAUGAUAAGUGCGUGGAUGAUUGUCCUGCCGGAUACUUUGCCAGUGAGAAGCAACAGGAGUGUGUAAGGUGUCAUGCUGAUUGUGCAUCAUGUGACGGCCCAGACAUCGAUGACUGCGACGUGUGUCGCAACCCAAAAGCCGUCCGUUACAACGGAGAGUGCCUGCCCACGUGUCCCAACAACACCUUUCACGACAAGAGCACCAACGAAUGCAGAGACUGUGACAAGUCAUGUUUGAGCUGCUCUGGACACGGCCCUUCGAACUGCCUCACCUGUGAUCCCAAAAGACGGAAAGAUGCCAGCGGGCACUGUGUGUGGUACAGCCAGUGCUCCCUGAAUACGUACAUGAGUCCGAAUGGGGAAUGCAAGCAGUGUCACACACUCUGUGAUCGCUGCUCUGGGCCUGGAGAAAAACGCUGUCUCAGCUGCAAAGAGCCACGCUUCCUAAUGAACAACACCUGUGUGAAAGAGUGUCCGGUGGGUUACUACGCUGAGGACAGAGAUGAGCGCCGGUGUGAGCGCUGCCACUACAGCUGCCAGUCCUGUGUGGGCCAUCACAGUGUCCAGUGCGACACCUGUAAACCUGGGUUCUUCAAGCAGGGCAGCAGCUGCGUGGAAACCUGCUCCGAGAGUCACUUUGGCGACCCGGCCACCAUGGUCUGCGAGCGCUGUGACCCAUCCUGCGGCCAGUGUUCCGGCAGCGGUAACGGAAACUGCCUGAGCUGUAGGGAGGGCUACGUCUACCUGGAGCAGUGGGGCCAGUGUCUGAAGAAGUGCCCUGCAGGCUACUACAAAGGCAGGCAGUCCACCACCUGUCGCAAGUGUCACCCCACCUGCAAGACCUGCAGUGGUGGGGGUGCUCUGUUCUGCCUCUCCUGUCACAAUGGCUAUGUCUUUAACAGCGGCAUCUGUUACAACCCCUGUUUUGUGGGCUUCUAUGCUGCAUCGCAGGAUUCAGAGAGUGAGAAACCAAAGUGUGAAGCUUGUGACCCUUCCUGUGAGGGCUGCCAUGGUCCCAGCAUGCGGGACUGCACUUUGUGCCCUGCUGGCCAGAUCUUGUCUGAUGAUGGCCGUUGCUUGAGCUGCUGUGGAAAUGUGACUCUGCCCAAUGACAAGCCAUUAUCCAGAGAGUGCUGUGAUUGCAAGUCAUCAACAGUUGAGUGCAAGCUCAGUGUCAACUUUGUGAUGACGACAGCUGAGAAUUUAGGCAGAACCGCUAGGCUUUUUUCCGUGUCUUGUGUUCUAGUCAUCAUCUCCGUGGGAGUGGGAGUCUUCUUCGUGCUCAGCGUUCGAUCUAAAGUGCGUGCUCUCACACCGAAAAUCGGAAGCAGAGGCUAUGAGAGAGUAGACACCGGUGAGAAACCAGUGCCACAAGUCACCACCUCUACGUAUGGGGAGUACAAUGACAAAAUAACUGAAUCUGUGGAUAAGGAGGAAGAUGAUGAUGAGGAUAUUGUAUACAUGACAAAAGAUGGAACAGUGUAUCGGAAAUUUAAGUAUGGGCUGUUGGAUGAGGAUGACACGGAGCUAGAGUAUGAUGAUGAGAGCUACUCCUUCAGGUGA